CUGUAUUUGCGGAAGCGACUCCACGAGCAACAGACGAGUAAACAUACCCUGGUUAAUCAGACCAAUGGAUGUACGAGACCAACUCACAAUGUCACACCGCUACUACAACUUUUAGCUCUAGCUGUUGAAUGCAAAUUCUAACGAAAUAUUGAUUUUUUGCACGGUGGAUAAGUUUCCUUUUUAUCAAGGCUGAAAGUACAAUACGUUAACUACCAUACCAAACGAGAACGUUUCCCCGAGCGGCAUUAGUCGUGUCGGCUAGCCGAACUAGCAGGUAGCAUCGGCUACGGCUAGCUGUGUGGUGAUGGUCGUAAGCAGCGCUAGCUCCUCCAGAAAUGGCUGCAGGAUCGGGCGCUUCUGGCGGCUCUCUAGAGUCCAAACUAGACAAGAAGUUUCAAACCGUUUCGAAUACGAUGGACUCAAUACAAGGACUAUCGACAUGGUGCAUCGAAAACAAGAAGUUUCACAACAUGAUAGUGAAAUAUUGGAUGAAAUGGUUAAGGAAAUCUGAUGCAGCCCACCGGCUCAACCUGGUGUACCUGGCCAACGACAUCAUCCAGAACUGCAAGAGGAAAAACGCCAUUGUGUACCGAACGGCCUUUGCCGAGAUGCUUCCCGACGCAUUCCUCAUGGUCAAUAACGACGGUAACCCCAAGGUGAUCCGGUCCGUGGAGAGGAUCCUGACCAUCUGGGAGGAGAGGAACAUCUACACGGGCGCGCUGAUCGGCGAGCUGAAGGGCUACCUCAAAGAGGAGGUGAAGGAGGAGUCUCCCCCCGACACGCCGGCGGAGAACAAAACUCCAUCUGACUCCAAAGCUGCCCUACAAUCCAAGAUUGUUGCAGAGUUUGUGCCUGCGGCGCUGGUGGAGCGGCUGUCCACCUACAAGAGCUCCGUGGAGGAGGUGGAGCUGAGGGAGAAGCAGCUGGCCGCCAUGAGGGUCGACGUCUGCAGCUCGGCCGCACUCAGAAAGCUAAAAGACAAGGCCGGAGGAAAGCGGUUCUCCCGGGACUUUGAGGAGGGAAGCACCAAGCUGCAGGACUUUGUCAGGUUCCUGGAGGAAGAGAGCAAGGGAGGCUCCGGAUUACUGGAAGCCCUGGGCAACGCAGACAUCUUCUAUGAAAUGCAGUAUCAGGAGGUCAAGAUUGUAGCCAAUGCGUACCAGACCUUCGCCAACCGGGUGUCCCACCUCAAGCGCAAGCUGGACGCCCUGAAGAGCACGCUGCCCGACCUGGACGAGUCUCCCAUCCCGUCGCCCUCCGCCGACGCCCCCUCGCCCACCGGCUCCGAGUCCCCCUUCCGGGGCAUGAUGGACCUGUCCCACCCGGACCCCGACCUGGACGGCUCGGCCAUGGACGACGAGGCGGAGCGCCCGGCCCCCAGCCCCUUCUCCUCCCCCGGGGGCUCCCCGCCGCCCGUCCUCCCCGCGGUCGGCGAGGACGACAACCGCGACGUGGAGGACAUGGAGCUGUCGGACGACGAGACGGAGGGCGGCGGCAUCAUAGUGGAGGAGCAAGUCACGUGCCCCUCCCUGCCCAUCCAAGUAGCCAAUCCCGUGGCAGCUAACGGUCAUCCGCCGUCGACAGCCACGGUGCCACCGGUCGUCCCGACCCCACCCUCUGUGGCUCCGGCCCCAGCCAGCGUGCCGGCCGUGGACCUGAGUAGGAUAGGUGCCCUCCUCAACAGCCUGACCUCCGCUUCAAAGACCACAGGGCCAGCAUUGGACAGCCCCACCUCCCCACCCCCGGCCCCCACCCCUCCAGCCCCAUCAGCCUCUCUGGGGAACCGCCUGUCCAAGGGGGCCGUGACCCCCGAAGGACUCCUAAGUGCUCUGACCAAAGUCCAAGGUCAAGGAGGUGGCUUGCAGGGCCUGACCUCUAUGCUAAACAGGCCGGCUCACAAAGUCCCCGCUGACUCUCAGCAAAGCAAAGCUCCACCCUCCCACCCUCCCCCCUCCACCCUGACUACACCACCACCAACAACAACAACAGCAGCAGCAGCAGUAGCAGUAGCACCACCUCAAGCCUUGGGCAACCCUCCUCCCUCUCUGCCCUCCACACCUCCUCCAUCAGCCUUUGCGGCGAGGCAGAGGGCCGCCCCUCGGCCUGAAGUCCCCGUCCCCCCCCGUGGGGCCCUGCCGGCCCCCAGUGCGGCCCCCGCAGCCGCCCGUGCAGCCUCAGCCCUGGUGCAGGCCCUUCACCGGGACAUGGACCUGGCCCCGGAGCCCGAGCCGGCGGCGGGGGCGGCGGUGGCCUCCGACAGCCUGGAGUCCAAGAUCCACAGCUUCCUGCAGGGCAACCCGGGCUUCAGCGCUUUCAACCUGAGCUUCGGCGCCGACGCGGCGAAGACGGCGGCGGCGGCGGCGGGCAGCCACAACCUCAGCCCCGGGGCCGGAACAGACACCCGCGACGGGACCCCCGUCCGGGACGAGGGCGGGGGCACGCCUACUCAGGACGAGGUCAUGGACAACCAGGCGGCGCUGAAGUUCGCCUCGGAGCCGCCGCCGCCGCCGCAGGGUACAAAACUGUCUGCCCAAGCGGCGGGGGAUAUCUCGUCGCCUGGCACUUACCAGAACAACACCUCGCGUGCGCCCGCUGACCCCCCACAGCAGCCCCCCCGCAUGCAGCAGCAUCAAGGGGAGCCCCACAACGGCCAGGGCUACCAGCCGUACCGAGCCGCCGGCCAGGAGAUGGCUCUCCCUGGGGCGGCGGCCCCCGCUGCACACUACCAAGCCUUUACUACAGAGCAGGGGUCCCGCCUGCCGCUCCUGGGGGGCGGCCCGGGCACUGCCGGUGGCGGCGGUGGCGGCCCGCCCGGGGAGGGCUUCCGGGACGACGGACACAGGGGCUGGUACGAGAGUACCAGGGGCCGGGGCGUGGUCGCACCAGGGGCCGGUGAAGAGCCACCGGGACGGUACCGCUACCGCCAGGACCCCCAUCAGGAGCCACACAGCGUGGCUGCUCCACAGGGUCCCGGACCCCCCUCCGAGUUUUACAACAGUAACCUCCCGCCGGUGCCCAGGCUACCCCCGCCGCCCGCAGGCUUCGACGAGCCCCACGCCGCAGCCGCCGGCGAGCGUCGUCCCGCCCUCGCCCCGGAGAUGGAGGGCGCUCCGAGGCCCCAGGCGGGCAGCAUCAUCAGCGGGAUGGUGGUCCACGACCACCAGCACAAGUCCGUCUUCGGCCUCGACGACCCCCUGUACGAUCGCCGUGACGACCACUACCGUCGCCCCGAGGACCUGGCUCACCCGGACGACCCUCGCUACCAGGACGACCUCGGGCACUACCGCGAGGGCCCCUAUCGCCCCGCCGCUCCCCCUUACGGGGAUGAAGGGCCCCCCUUCCGGCCGCCCCGGGAGCCUUACUUCCGCCCGGAGGAUCCCUACUUCCGAGAGGACAGCCCGCCCCACGGGUACCCCAGGGGGGCCCUCUCCCCGUCCGAGGGCUUCCCCUAUGACUUUCACCCCCAUGGGUCCCCUCCCCUCUCGCACCAAAGGAGGCCGCCGCCGCCCCCCCAUUCUGAAAUGCGCCACCCUGGCCCGCGACCCCCCCUCCGCCCCAUGCUCCACCCAGGACACCACCCUCGGCCGAGGGGGCCCUGGCACCCAGGGCCGCCCGUCCCUCCCUUCCACGGCGGGCCCGAUCCGUGGCUUAGAGGCAAACGUCCGGGUCCAAGAGGCGGGGGGCCCGGCGGCCCCGGGGGUCUCGGUUUCCCCCCGAAAAGACCUUUCCUCCCACCCCGCUACUAACGGGGCCGGCAGCACCGAAGCUCUAUGUGCACACGUUGAUGGAAGACGACGCCAGCGGGCCGUGGAGCCCAGACAUGACCCAGAAGGGAGGCUGACGGGGCUGGGCUGGGCUGGGCUCAGAAAGACAAUCGGGGAAAACUAAAGCAAAUGGGUUAUCGGGUGAGUCCGGAGCGGAGAGCCGAGCAGAGAGCCGGGCGAAGAGCCGAGGAUGAGGAGAGGAAGCCUGAGGGAACAGGAGGCCAGAGGGAAGCCAACGGAAGUGGAGGUUGUGAGAGGAUGCUGCCAAGCUGACGGAAGAAGACAGAAGAUAAAAGAAUAUAAGAGGUGGCUAUCUAAAAUUCACUCUUUUUUGUUAAGUUGUAUUGUUUCUAUUCUAAUAUCCUUUUAUAUUAGAGUUCAUAAAGGAGCUCUGUCUUGACAAAGUCCACAAGAGCUGCAUGGCAUGCUACUGUGCAUGGACUCAAGGAAACAUUAGUUAUUUAAAAAAAAAAAACAUUAUUUCAGUUGAAUUCUACCAAGUUCGUUUCUCGUGAGGUUGACAGAAAAUCUAGUUAUUGUUCUACUGUUUCUCUGUGAAAACGUCUUCAACGGCUCGUUUCAACCCAUAGCCUUCACCGCUUUAAAACUCAACCUUGUUUCAAUGUUGUCGCGAAGAGUUAUUUUAGAUAUUCUGGUCCUCUUUACAGUAAUGCACGUUUGUUCAGACAGGGAAGUAGAUUUUGUAAGUGUUGCAGCACCAAAUGUUGUGUUUUGAAGUGACGCUUUCCUUGUUACUGCGAUGAUUUAAAUAUGGCGGCAGACUUGCGUAUAGUCCAGAAGCUCAAAUGAUGGUUCUGCAGCUUAAUUUAAAGGGAGAGAAAUUGGUCUUUGGGAGGAUUUGCUGUCUUUAACAACGGACGGAGAAGAUACGAAGUUCAUUUUGGAAGACGACGAAGAUUCUUCUCCAGCAACAUUUUAUCUGUCCUGACUUAAUAAAACUCUGACUUUAAAAAGACUGUUUUCUUAUUCAUCUGCCCUCAUUCCACUGCCUGAAAUCAUAAACCAUCACAUAUCGAAACAGGAGGUGUUAAUGAGUAUUUGAUAAGACUGCUAUCCAAAUGUAUACUUCCUGUUCUUUGAAACUUGCUAUUCGCUUCAAUCUUUUAAAAAUUAGAUUAGAUUAAAAUGUCCUCGUCAGUUGGUCAUGCUCAAAAUCUGUCAUGAUUGCAACAUUUUAAUUCAAUGAAUGUUGUUCUAGUUUAAAUAAACUGAAAUAUCAUGUGAAAUUACAAAGUAUCAAGUAAGGAGCCGUAUAUUUUUGUGCCCGUUAACUUAAUGCUUCUGCUCAUUACAAAAUCGUGCAAUUUCACCAGGACUUGGGAGAGCGACAAGGUCAAACUACUCUUCAAGUCACAAUGAUUGAAUCAACUUCAGCACAGUGGUAGUUGCGUAUUCUAGUUUGGACGUCAAAUGUUCUGCCUCCAUCCCGAGGGACUCCAACCGUUUAGAGCAGCAUAUUAUCUUUCAUUGCGCCGUGGAGUUUGUAAUUAGGUGUGAAUGCUUGUUGGAUGGUAUAAAUUAUCUCCUAUCCCCUCAGAUUCAUUCAUUCUGCUGUAUUUUCAGUUUGGUUGGGAACAAUUCAGUAUUUUUGGUUCCUCACGAAAGAAACUAAUAGCCGAGUGCUUGCUUGUUUAUUCCAACAAAAAUGUUUUCUCCAUUUGAGCAGAGAAACAGACUAAAAAGUGCCAAAUUUGAUUAAAUUGUUCAGUCUUUAAUCGUCCACUCUUAUUUUAAACAUAUUAAAACAAUUGAUUGGAACUGACUUUGUUGCCCCUCUUAACAUUUUAGUAUGGCAACCAUUAGCAAUGCAUUCAAUUAAUAAAGACCUUUUUUGAACACUCCUUCCCAAUUCUCAAUAGUUUAUCCAAUGCUAUAUAAUCUAAAGGGCUUCUACUGCCUUAAUUCUUAUUGUAGUGUAAUUGCAAGGCCAGUUAAAUGUGUAACACCCUUGCAAACUAGAUUUUCUGACGUCUCCAAGUGGGAAUUCUGAACUGAACAUCAACAUUCAAAUCCAAAUUCUAAAUUGAUUUAAAAGUAAAAAAAUAAUUAGUUUCCGUGUUUGCUAUAUACAGUAUGUAUCUAAAUCUUUCUCAUUUUAAAACUAUAAGGUUUUAAUUGCUAUACUUUCAUUCACAAUUUCCCUAUAUUUAUCUUAAAAUGACUUGACACAAAUACUUAAACCCAAAGCUUUAGCCAUAAUUGUAAAAAUGUUUAAUACAUGUUUAAUACACAUCGAAAUGUAUUCGAUUUUAUACAAACCCCAUUGUUUUUUACCCCGUUAGUUGAAAAUGAUACAAAGGUUGAUUCCUUAGAUACGACUCCCCCUUACUUGGAUUUGACUGUUUCUUGACUUAAAGGUCAAACAUUGUAGCGCAUUAUUUGUUCAGAAUACUAUCAUAUACCUAGUCCUGCCGCUAGGUGUCAGUAGAUCUUUUCCCAAAGGUUACAUCAUAUUUAGUAUGGCUACUGUAGCACGUCCCGUCGAACAAACACCGUGGCCCAAAUAAUAUGUUAAAACACGGGCUUUUCUUCCCUUUAUUCGUAGGUGUUUACUGCAUGGAAUGGCUAAUCAACCCGGGAUGGUUUUGUCCGCAUAAACCCUACCACACUUGUUGUCGUGAUGCUUCGCACAUUGGUGUCAAUAGCAAACGGAGUGGUAGUUACAUUAGAUCGCGUUUUUGUUUGGAUGACAUCCAGACGCGUCGACCCGUAACAUAUUGACGCACUUAAACGAUGCAUCACGUGUAAUGGCAUGCUUACGUUUAGUGUAUGACUGUUCAAUCAUUGAUUUUUUUUUUUAUGACUAAUCUAACUUUGUUCUCUACUUCCCCCCAAAACACACCAUCUCAAUUCGCAGGCCAUGGCCAGCGAUUCCGAAAGCGACAAUCCCACCCAAAGAUUAGACGGUGUCUUGUUCAGCCAUUUUCACGUUAGUAUGAAUCAUAAUCAACAUGUGCCCUUUAAUCAAUUAUUUUAUCUGUUUGUUUGCUUGCUUUGUUAGCUGAAAAGACGUUCACAGAUACUACUCUUUGUUAAAGCAAUAUUUAAUAUUAUUAAAAUAAAUAUUGUUACCUUUCUUUAGAUUUGAUUGGAGGAAAAACAACGGGGAAGGUGAAUGGACGAGUCGGGUUGAGUAAGUAUACCAAACACACGACCUUUGGCUUUCCUGCUUGAUGAGGCACACAUCGCUCAAAUAUCCAAUGUUAAUUUAAAACAUAAUAUUACUAGUUAAGCCCUUUUAAAUCUUUGUGUGUUACAUGUUGACGAAUGUUUUCAUAAAGUGUUUUUUAUGCAAUAAAAUCGACUGCCCUUAUUGUGUGUAGGUCUAUUAUUUAUGUACAGUGUUUCAGUGUGUCGACUUACUAUUCGACUGUUGAAUCAUAGUCGUGAUUCACUGUUAUGUCGAUGUCCAAAAAUCAAAAAAAAAAAAAACGGCAACCUGUCAAUUUUAGGAUAGUAUAACCUACCUAGCCUACUUUCUAUUUUUUAUUCUGAGAAUUAUUUUUGAUUUAGGCCUACAUUAAUUGUGCAAAUAAAAAUGUCAUUAAUGUGAUUUUAAUAUUCAUAUGACAAUACCAAUCUCAUGCAAUAAUAGGCUAAUUUAUUGACAAGCGAUGGUAAUAUAUAUAUAUAUAUAUAUAU